AUGGCCGUUUCCUUUUCAUCCCGAAGCUUCAUGCGGCUCAUGCGCACGCAUGGCCAACCGCCUAUCCGCGAUUUCCUUGCACCGGCCCUCUUUGCGCCGUCGCGGCGUUGUCUAUCCUCGACGUCGAGCCAAUGUACCGCGGCCAGCCAAGAUGCGCAUCCAAGUUCGAGUAGCCCGAAACCGAAGCGGAAGGCUCUGACCAAGGAGCAGAGAGACUUUCUCUCAUCUGCUCUUCGAGUCAACCAGGCCGGUGAACUGGCCGCCACCCUCAUCUACAAGGGCCAGACGCCUCCGAUCGUGAACGCGCACCCGCACUUGCGGCCACUCAUGGCGCACAUGUACGAGCAGGAAGAGGGCCACCUCAAGACAUUCAACGAGAUGAUUGCCAAGCACCGCGUCCGGCCGACGGCCAUGUACCCGGUCUGGAGCGUGCUGGCGACGGGCCUGGGCUGGGGCACGGCGGUGCUGGGCCGGGAGGCGGCCAUGGCGUGUACUGAGGCCGUCGAGACCGAGAUCGGUACCCACUAUAAUGAGCAGAUCCGGACGUUGCUCGAGAUGUUCUCCGAGUGGGAGGCCGAGGGCUACGAGGUCGGUGACGAGCUGCAGAACCUGAUAAAGACACUGCGCCGCAUUCGAGACGAAGAGCUCGAGCAUCUGGACCACGCUGUUGAGCAUGACGCCAAGAAGGCUGAGCCCCAUUGGCUGUUGACCGGUGUAAUUCGAGCUGGCUGCAGAGGUGCAAUCUGGGUGAGCGAGAAGAUAUAA